GGAUUCUCCAUGUUGGAGUAUUAGCGAGGUCUUUCCUAGUGUUAGGUAGCUAUCAGAGGGGACCGUAGUGUUACACUAAUCAACUUCGUGUUGAACGCAUAAGACAUAUUGGUUAGCUUGAACUAGGAAAGAUAGCGGCAGCUAUAAUUCCUUCGAGAAAAACCAAGAAGCUGCUUUUAUCGGAAUAUUUUCGGAUACCAAACGCAACGGGUUGGUAAGCGUGAUUGCUAACCAGCUAAUCUUAGCUGAAUGUUGAAAGUACCUGCGUCGAAUUGGGGGAACGGAUUGGACUUUGAGGGGCUGUGCAUUUGUUAGAUGGAAAGUUCUAUUAUCACUCAAGUGCAGAAAGAAGAUAGUCAACUGCCGUCCAAAACAGGCCAGGUGAACAAAUCUUCCCCAAAGAAGCCUCGGAGCCGAAAUAUCUUCAAAGCGCUCUUCUGUUGCCUCCGAGCACAGGAUGCCCCUCAGCCUCCACCCCCUGCCCAGGAUACCUUACUCCCUCCUGAGGACAAUGGGACGAUCGCCAAGCUUGAUCUACUUCAAAACCUUCGCCACCAGUUUCAAGUCCCAGAGACCAGUCUACUGCCAGAGGUAACCCCCCAGGAUGAGGGCAAGAUCUGUGUGGUCAUUGACCUGGACGAAACGCUGGUGCACAGCUCCUUCAAGCCCAUCAGUAAUGCUGACUUCAUUGUACCUGUGGAGAUUGAAGGAACAACACACCAGGUUUACGUCCUGAAGAGGCCACAUGUAGACCAGUUCCUCCAGAGGAUGGGAGAGCUGUUUGAGUGUGUUCUCUUCACUGCAAGUCUCGCAAAGUAUGCAGACCCAGUGACCGACCUUCUAGAUCAGUGUGGUGUGUUCCGGACGCGUCUCUUUCGGGAGUCCUGUGUGUUCCAUCAGGGCUGCUACGUCAAGGACCUGAGCCGCCUGGGCCGCCAGCUCAACAAGACCCUCAUCCUGGACAACUCCCCCGCCUCCUACAUCUUCCACCCUGAGAACGCUGUGCCUGUGGUGUCCUGGUUUGACGACCUGGAGGACACAGAGCUGCUGAGCCUCCUGCCCGUCUUUGAAGAGCUGAGUGAGGCGGACGACGUCUAUGCCAAACUACAGCAGCUACGAGCCCCCUGACACGACACACCCCCUCUUACAAGCCAGAAUCUCCCACUCCCAGCCAGACCACACCCAUCAACCGACGGAAAAAUCCCAAACCUUACUUACAUACACACAGUGUGUGCGGUGUUAGUAUCCUAGACACACACUCGGCGGUGUGUUUGUUUGGCCCCUGAACUGUGUCUGGACGGCUGUCCACUGCUCCUACUAUCCUCCUCAGUAUGUUAGCUGGUGCUUCAAAACUGCUUUUCUGGAAACAAUCCAACAAACACAAUGCAAAGUGGCUCACUCUUUUCUCAUUUUAAAUCGGGACUCAAACACAUACUAGUACUCCAAUCAUUUAAACCGACUGGCCAGAUCGUUGUUUCUCCAAAAACGAGACUUUGAUUUUAUAGCACUAAUUGUGACACAAAACAAUUGACUCUACACACAACCUCUCUGCUUCGACAAUAAUCUCUGUACAAACACUUUGAAGGGGGACUCUAAAGCAUUUCAAGGAAACUACAAAAUCCAUAUAGUGAUAUUAAUUUCCAUUUCUUAUUCCAAGGCCUGUAUAAAGGCGGUUUUUAAGGAAGUUUCUCCUGAAUGGAUUGAGUCCCUCAGGAAAUUCAUUUUGAAAGCUGAACCCGGUGGUCUUUCUGAUCCAAGGCCAGCAUGACAUAACUAGAAAUGACAUUACAGUACAUGAUAUGACAUGACCUCAUUUGAGCAGACUUUACAUGGGGAGCAAGGGAUCACCAUCUUUGUGCCUUCUGAAAAGAAAAAUAAAUUAAAUCUGUUUUGUUUUUAAAGAAAGAAAAAUUGCGUUGUUCCUUGCAGAAAAUGGUUGUUCUUUUUCAAUCGUUAGGUUUUUCUAUACAUUUUUAAGAUGUCUUUUAAAUGUUUGAUAUGGUAAGAAGUGUAGAUGAUUACUUUUGUAAUGUCUUGGAUGUUGAGGAAGAACAGCCAUACGUAAACAGCCUCUGUGUAUGUUGUAUUUACAUGAAAUCCUCCAUUCUCAUUAGCUGAAGAUAACCUAAUCCUCGGCCAAUAGGGACCAUUACAAACCAAGGGUCACACCCGUCGCGUAAAGGCAGGGGUGUAACAUAAACCCUGCCUCUUUAUGCAGAUUCACCCUGAGAUGCGUCAGGUACAGGACACUUGAGCUGAUUCACCUAAACUUUUGGCACCCUCUUUAAAGAAAUUCCCUUUAAAUGAACAGACUGAUUUAGACUAUAGUUCAGUUGCAAAUUUGGAGAGAUUCUCUGCUGGUGUUUAGUCUGCUAAGGAUGCCAUAUUGGAUAAACCAAGGCCUUGUUUUAAAUGUAUUCUAAUUUUGUUACAUUUUGUGUGAAGCCUUCUGGGUGCCAUAUUUGGGUAGCGUGAGGGACUUGUGAUAAGUAGGCUGCUAAGAGUGAACACAAUGCAUACUAGUUUACCCCCUGCCGGUUGCCCUUUAUCCAUAGCUUGCCAAGUCAUUGCCACUCAACUUUUACUAUUUUAAAAUGUAUCCUAUUUUAGGUAAACUGUUUCGGUUUGUAAAAAACUACAUUACUGAGACGUAAAAGUAUGUAUUUUAUAAAUUCUCUUUGCGUUAUUGUCUGUUCUAGAAGUUCUACAGUACUCACUGACAUAUCUUAGGUAUACACAUUGUGAGGUGGCAGCGGUUUUGUGGUGGCAAAAGCUGGAUUGAUUUAACAAGAUAUGUUCUAUUGCUCAAAUUGUAACUGUAGGCACACACACACACAUGCCCAAUCCAGACUAGUCACUGUAUCCCAAAGAGAUUUGUUUUGUGGUUGUUUUAUUCACAAGAUAAAGCGCCGCCUUAUGCUAUUACGCUCUAUGAAGUGCCUAAGGUUUCAUUCUGCAUUGAAAGCUUUGGAAUAAAGCAGCAAGGGUCUCCAUCA